UUGGUAAUAAGCCGAUUGUCACUCUUGUUGAAUUAUCAGUCAAGUCUCCGACUCAGAUCCGAGCAGACGUAUUUCCUUCAGCUCAGCCCGCAAGCUUUUGCCGCAUCCGCUAAGAUCUCUUACAUCCUACUCGAUAAUGAACUGAUACUGUCACCAGUUCAACUAGGGGCAGGACUGCAGCGGCACAGGACGCAACUUGAGCACGUGACGACUUGUGAAUAUAGGUCUUCAGUCAAUUGUUACUGCAAACUGUCUAUAAUUCAGUCGCUCUCCACUGCAUUCCUGCAAUUUCAUCACUUUUCCAUCUUUCCUGAGAAAGUCCGCUGCCUUCAACCAUCAUGUCCUGUUGCACCCCUUCAGGUUACGGAUGCGGCAGCCGCUGCUGCCGUUGGUGCGGGCUGGCGAAGCCCCGCGGCUGCUGCGGCAACUGCGCCACGUACUGCUGCUGCGGCGGCUGCGGCUGCGGGGGCUGCUGCUGAGGGAGACGGGGCGGCGCCCACACCCGAGCCGCUCCGCCAGGUUCCGAGCCCUCCGCCACUCGCCGGGCCCCGCGCCCGCCUCUUUUGUACUCCAAACACCUAAGGAAUAAAAAUGCUCGAACC